AUGACUUCGCACUCAGAAGACCAGAAUGAUGGCAUUGACGUGCUCAGCGUUCAAGCCGAGAAGGCCUUCGUAGACGGCGCCGGGGCCCCAAACGAAGGUAUCGAGGAAUUCUAUGUGUCAAUCCCAACAACAGCAGGCCACAAGCUCGAUGCGAAGGUCUGGCGAUACAAAAGCACACCAGCAUCUGACAGACCUUUGAUUCUUUUGCUUCAUGGAGGCGGUUUCUUCGCCGGCUCAAAGGAGAUGUGCACUCGUCCUGGAAUAGAGUUUGCAGAGGAGUUUGGUGCGGUAGUGGUCUCGGCGGGUUACAGGCUGUGUCCUGAUCAUGCUUGGCCAGCUCCGGUGGAUGAUGGACUGGAUGUCGUCCGGUUCCUCAGUGAGAGUGCCACCAAUGAGCUGGGCGCAAAUCUCGAGAAAGGCUUCGUUAUCGGAGGCUUCUCAGCUGGUGCCAAUAUAGCCGCUGUUGUGACUCACCAGCUGAGGUUGGACCUCAAGAAUCCAGUGACUGGGCACUUCAGUAGCAUUCCUCAUCUCUGUCACGACGAAAUGGUUCCGGCCGCCUAUCGCGCCUCCUGGACCUCGCGAACGGACAACGAGCCUAAAGAUCCUGGCAUCAACUACCAUUCGCCUUUGUUCUCACCGUUUAAUUCCCCCGAGCACACAUGGAAGGACCUACCCCGAACGUUUAUUCAGGCGGGCGAGGAUGACCUCCUCCGAGAUGAUGCAGUGAUCUAUGCAGAGGCCUUGAGGAAGGCUGGCGUGGAGGUACAAAUCGACGUCCAGACACAGAUCGGGCACCAGUGCUACUCGAUAUGGCAUGAUGAGACGAAUGAGACUCAUAGGGAGUUGAAGCAGAGAACGAUGCGUGGUGUUGCGUGGCUGUUGAGGAAAGAGUAG